CUCUAUCUGCAACCAACAUAUUGCCUUUUAGUUUGAAAUGAGCUCGUUUAAAGUUGCGUCGCUGCUGUUCCGCACCCUGUCCAAGCCAGUUGCCAACGCGCUAAAGACCCAGGCCAAGGAUCGUGAGAUCUUCCGGUCCCUCUGCAUCAACGUCGCACAAACAACGCAUCGCAUUGAGAUGACAUGGAAGAUGAAGGUCCUGGGCUACCAGCCCGAGCGAAUCCGCCCGCUCAACGAUACACGGGCUGUCGAUGCUGGCGCAAACUUUCUCGGCGAGGCAUUCAUCUUCAGUGUGGCCGUAUCGCUGAUUUUCGCCGAGCAGCUGCGCAGCCGCAACCAGGCGAGAAAGCAGCGCAACGCCGUCGAUGACAGGCUCGACAAGCUGGAGAUGGAGAGUACCGGGGCGAAAGAGGAGGUUCAGAGGCUGAGGGAGGAGCGCGAUUUGCUGAGAGGAGAGAUCGAUGGACUUGCACAAGAGUCGGCAGCACUGGCCGAUGUUCUGAAGAAGGUGCUGGGCAAGGAGAUGGAUAAGUGGAGUGCCGAGCACGGGCACUUGACAAAGCGGGUCGGUCAGGACGUGGUUGAGCGGUUCACCAACGGAGAGAACGUCGAUUCUGCGAUCCGGGAAAUGGUGAUUAGCACACCGGCGACACCAGCCGCAUCAGAGUGACAAUGGUUUAUAGACGCCUAGUAGCUG